AUGUCAAUUCGCCCUGGUAUGUUGAAAGAGGGGUCAGAGGGAAUCACACCGUCAGACCAUCCGUUUACAGUAGCAUUGAUACGGUCGUAUCACACCAAGUACCUCCACGCAGGACCUCGUCUUACCAUCGAAGCUCUACGCCAAAAGUUCUGGAUUGUACGAGGACAAAACAUAGUGAAGAAAGUGAUUCGCCAAUGUACCAAGUGCUUCAGACGAAACCCGAAAAUUUUGAGUCAACCUGUUGGCGAGCUUCCUGUUUGUCGAGUCGAGCAAAAUUAUCCUUUCUACAACACCGGAGUAGACUUCGCAGGGCCUGUGAGUUUACAGCAACGAAACAGACGAUCGACGGUCACGUACAAGGGCUACAUCGCUGUGUUUAUUUGCAUGGCGACUCGGGCGAUCCAUUUGGAGCUGGUCGGGGACCUGACAUCCGAGGCGUUUAUUGGGGCUCUCCAAAGAUUUAUCGGACGACGAGCACUGCCAGCAGAGGGCGAGUUUGGCAAAGCUCUCUUCAGGCCAGUGGGAUACCAUCAAGAAAGCCAACAGGACGAGGAGUGCAGGAGAAUUAUGGACGAAGAGAAUGCCACACGGGUUAGAGUAGAACAUAGAAGCUCCAGUCCAAACGUGGAAAAUAAAGGACAGUGGAAUAGGCAGAGAGCCCUAACCUUAAAACAGCGCAACCUGGAGGAGGAGGAACUUGAAGAUCUACAGUCGCUGCUACGUUCCUCGGAAACACAAAAGCUCUACCCGAGGCUCUAA